CCAUACUGUUUUGCUCAUCACCACUGUCGAUACCCCGAGAUCUGCGGUAAAAUAUCCCCCUCAACAGGACUAACCUCUAAAGCCUCUUCUUCGAUGAUCCAAUAUCUGAAAUCCCCAUCAUCUCGCUGUUGAAUUCAACGCAGAUCUUAGGGGAUCUAGGGUUUCAAAUUUGAGCCCAAGGGAUUUGGAGAUCGAGCUAAAAUGUCAGUUCAAGAUUACCUCGACAAGCACAUGCUCCCUCGAAAGAUCGAGGACGCCGUCAAUGCUGCAGUGAGGGCUAAAACCCCGGAUCCAGUUCUCUUCAUCUCGAAUCACAUGAAGAAAGCCGUUCCAUCGGCAAUCACAAAGAUUAAAGCGAGGCAGAUCCUAGAUAGCAGGGGGAUCCCUACUGUGGAGGUUGAUUUGUAUACCAACAAAGGGAUGUAUCGAGCCUCUGCUCCCAGUGGAAUUUAUACUGGAAUGUAUGAAGCUACUGAACUACGCGAUGGCGACAAAGCAAAGUAUCUUGGAAAGGGUGUCUCAAAAGCUGUUAAGAAUAUCAAUGAGAAGAUUUCUGAGGCCUUGAUAGGCAUGGACCCAACACUCCAAACACAGAUAGACCAAGCCAUGAUGGAUUUGGAUAAAACGGAGAACAAGGCUGAACUUGGAGCAAAUGCCAUGUUGGCUGUUUCAAUUGCUGCUUGCAAAGCUGGUGCUGCUGAAAAAGAGGUCCCAUUAUAUAAACAUAUUGCUGAUCUUUCUGGUAAAUAUGAUCCAGUGCUUCCAGUUCCUGCAAUUACUGUCAUUAGUGGCGGAAAACAUGCCGGGAACAACCUUGCCCUUCAAGAAAUCAUGAUUCUUCCAACUGGUGCUCAUAACUUCGAGGAAGCUCUGCAGAUGGGUUCUGAGACCUAUCAUCACCUUAAGGCUAUUAUCUCUGAAAAGUGUGGUUCCAAUGGGUGCAAUGUUGGUGAUAUUGGCGGUCUUGCACCGGAUAUUUCCAGCUUUUCCGAUGGCUUGGAUCUUGUCAAAGAGGCCAUUGACAGAGCAGGAUAUAAUGAUAAAAUUAAGUUGGCAAUAGAUGUUGCUGCUACUGAAUUUUGCAUAGGAAAGAAGUAUGAUUUGGACUUCAAAACUCCAAAUAAGUCUGGACAGAACUUCAAAACUGGAGAAGAGAUGAUUGAGAUGUACACCAGACUUUGUACAGAUUAUGCAAUUGCCUCCAUCGAGCAACCGUUUGAUAAGGAUGAUUGGGAGCAUACAAAGUUAUUCUCUGGCCUUGGAAUCUGUCAGGUCGUGGGAGAUGAUUUAUUGAUGUCAAACCCAAAACGUAUAGAACGGGCAAUAGAUGAAUCAACUUGCAAUUCUCUUGUCCUCAAGAUAAAUCAAAUUGGAACUGUCACAGAGGCUAUAGAAGUUGUGAAACAAGCAAAGGAUGCCCAGUGGGGAGUGGUUGCAUCUCACAGAUCCGGAGAAACAGAAGAUUCAUUUGUUGCUGAUCUAGCAGUUGGUCUAGCAACUGGUCAAAUUAAGGCAGGUGCUCCUUGUCGUGGAGAGCGACUAGUGAAGUAUAAUCAGUUACUUAGGAUUGAGGAAGAACUUGGGAGCCAAGCUAAAUAUGCUGGAGAAAACUGGAAGUUGCCAUGAUCCUGGCUGCGGAUUAUCCUUUUCACAAUUUUGGUUAACAGAGAAGACAGAGGCUCUCGUGAGGCUUGUUGCUGUAGAUGCUGUGGAGCUGAACACAUUGCGUUCCAUAAUCACUAAUUUUUAUUCAACCAAAGGUGAUACAGAUGCAGGAUUAAUCCAAGAAAGGAGCUCUGGGUUCAAAUCUCAAAUGCCUUCCGUUUUCUGGGAAAGUUGGCGUGUUUUUUUAUCAUUCAAUGGAUGUAUCCUCUUGGAAAUACUUUUCCUUUUCUGCAUAGUUGUUAUAGGUUCAGACGUCAAUAGUGUUUGUGAAUUUUGUGCAAUAUUUGGCUUGUUUUAAUGUUGUAGUUGUUUCCAAAUUUAAGAUAUGGUAUACUGUAAAAGUGGUUAUUUGAUGGGAUUCAUCUUGUUAAUGUGCUGGAAUUUUUCUCUC